AUGUACGCGCUCUCCGUCGCAUUCCUCCUCCCCGCGCUCGCCCUCGCGGCACCCUCGAAGCGUAACAUGGUCGUCCAUGAGUCGCGCGAGUCCAUCCCCAGCGGGUUCACCAAGGUCGGCAAUGCGCCCGCGGACCAGGCGAUCACUCUGCGUCUUGCGCUCAAGCAGGGCGACAUGGCUGGUCUCGAGGAGCGUCUCUUCGCCGUCAGCACACCCUCGAGCGCCGAGUACGGCAAGUUCCUCACCAAGGAGCAAGUCGAGGCCUUCGUCGCUCCCAAGCAGGACACUACGGACGCUGUGAACGCGUUCCUCAGCCAGGCUGGUCUUAAGCCUGAGAUCAUCACCCCCGCCGGUGACCACCUCUCCAUCACGCUGCCCGUCGCUCAGGCCAACGAGCUAUUCGAUGCCAACUUCGAGACGUUUACGCACACUUCGACCGGCAAGCAGGCCGUCCGCGCACUCGCGUACUCCCUCCCUGCCGACCUCGCCCCGCAUGUUGAAUUCGUACACCCGACCGUCGUCUUCCCGCAGUUCGUUCGCAACAAGCCGAUGGCGAGCUUCCCUCUCCCAGCCAACGCCAUCAGCGCCAUCACGAACUCGUCGAUUACCCCCGACGCAGUCCCCGCAUCCUGCGCCUCAGUCGUCACGCCUGCUUGCUUGCAGGCGCUCUACGGAAUCCCGACAACGCGCGCCACGCAGACGAGCAACGUCCUCGGCGUCUCCGGCUUCAUCGAGCAGUUUGCGCAGACUGCGGACCUCCGGACCUUCAUCACCAACCUUCGUCCUGACCUCCCGGCCACGACGACCUUCACGACACUUCUGGUUGACGGUGGCUCGAACCCGCAGGCUGCCAGGGAUGCUGGUGUUGAGGCUGAUCUUGACACUCAGUACACCGUCGGUAUUGCUUCGGGCGUCCCAACCGUCUUCAUCUCAGUCGGCGAGAACAACCGCGAUGGUAUCGACGGCUUCCAGGACAUCAUCACGACGCUCAUUGCUGAGAACAACCCUCCCCACGUUCUGACCACGUCCUACGGUUUCAACGAGCCCGAUCUCACUACCGCUCUGGCCAACAACCUUUGCAACGCGCACAUGCAGCUCGGUGCUCGUGGCACCUCGAUUCUCUUCUCGUCCGGCGAUGGUGGUGUCUCUGGUUCUCAGUCUCAGACGUGCACGACCUUCAUCCCAACCUUCCCCUCUGGCUGCCCCUUCCUGACCAGUGUCGGUGCCACGACCGGUAUCACUGAGACCGCCGCAGACUUCUCGUCCGGUGGUUUCUCCAACAUCUUCGCGCAACCCUCGUACCAGAGCGCGGACGUCGCCGCCUACCUGGCUAAACUCGGCAACACCAACGCCGGCAAGUUCACCCGCACUGGUCGUGGCUUCCCCGACGUCUCCGCGCAGGGUGAGAACGUUGAGAUUGUCGUCGGUGGUCAGGCUGGCCUCGUCGCCGGUACCAGCUGCUCGAGCCCAAUCUUCGCCAGUGUCAUUGCGUUGCUCAAUGACCGUCUCAUCUCCGCUGGCAAGGCACCGCUGGGCUUCCUCAACCCCUUCAUCUACUCGGCUGCUGGUACCGCUGCACUCAACGACAUCACGACCGGCUCAAACCCCGGUUGCAACACUAACGGUUUCCCCGCAGAGGUCGGCUGGGACCCACUCACCGGUAAAGGGACGCCCUCGUUUUCGCGUUUACUCACCGCUGUCGGUCUCUAG